AAACAACUUGAUGAUUAAAUGAAAUAAAUACAAAGAAUAAAUACAUUUGAACAAGCUUCACAUCUAUAAUAUUGUUAAAAUAAUUAUAACUACAUGAUUGUGGACUGUAURUGCCUGGAAAUGCAAGCUAACUUCUUGUAUCGUUGCAGUGUGAAGGAGGGACAGAAAGAUGAGGUCAGGUAGGAGGACUAUAAAAGUUCUGCUUAACUUCUGCAAAACAAGAGCUUAACCAAAGUCUGCAGUCCUGAUGCAGAAGAUGUGGGAGGCACCGAAACCGUUUGGUCAAGAAUUUGACUAAAGCAGCAACAUGUGUGCCUAAGGCGGGGAUUUUUCAGAGGAAGCAGCGUUUUGUGAGUCAACAUGAUGUGGACGACGUUGGGAUGUUUCUACCUCCUCUGCUGCAUCUGCUUGACCGAGUCCCAGCAGCUCAAGUUUGUUGUUGCUGUGUUCCGACACGGCGAUCGAUCGCCUAUUGAGUCRUACCCCAGGGAUCCACAUGGGGAGGAAGUCUGGGCUCAGGGCUUYGGACAGCUCACCGAGCUCGGCAUGAAGCAGCACUUUGAGCUGGGCAGAUUUCUACGCAGGCGCUACGGAAACUUCCUCAGUGAGGAAUACAACAGCAAAGAGCUUUAUGUCCGGAGCACCGACUACGACCGCACUCUGAUGAGCGCCCAGGCCUGCCUUGCUGGGAUGUUCCCCCCCACCAGACGCCCGCCUCCCAUCAUGCCCCAGUUACUGUGGCGGCCUAUUCCAGUGCACACCGUCCCCAGGGCCCAGGAUAAGCUUUUGAAGUCUCCAGGCAAAGACUGUCCGCGGUUCAGAGCUUUGAUGACGGAGACCUUUGAGAGCGCCCCCUACCAGAGGUUCCUCCGGACUCACCAGAGCUUCGUGGAGAGGCUCUCCAACCACACCGGCUACCCCGUGUCCCGACUGGUGGGCAAAAAAAUCUGGAGGGUUCACGACACUCUGACCUGCCAGAGGAUCCAUAACUUGACUCUCCCUCGCUGGGCCACGCCGGACGUCCUGGAAACGCUGCGGAGGAUCGCUUCCUUCGAGGUCACAUACAGCAUCCUCAGUCACAAGCGCAGAGAGAAGGCCCGGCUCUCUGGAGGGGUGUUGCUAAACGCCAUCCUGAGGAAUUUCUCUGACGCCAUGGAGCGCAGCAGUGGUGGCGGCAACUUACAUGACCCUCACAACAUGGCGAGCAUAUAG